AGUUUUCUUUCUUUCUUUUCUGUUAGAUAAAAGUUACUUUUUCUUGGGCUCUGAAGUCUGCCUGGAUUGUGGUAGUUAAUGUGAGGCAGCUGCAGACUGUGCCCCAAAGCAAAUGAGGCUAGAAGAAUUACCCUUUCUAAAAGCAUCUCACCUGAGUGUCACAAAGAUGUGCAGCUGAAACCAAGCCUGCCUUCUGUACAUAAAGGAAUCUGGGCAGGCAGACCCCCGGUUCUUGGGAGAGGAGGUGGAGAGCCUACGGCCGGUAGGAACUCCUGGUAGCAUUAUGUGGCUGCUGCAGUGUGUCUUGCUGUGUGUUUCAUUAUCUCUUGUUUUGAGUGGUCAGCAUAAGCCUGAGGCACCAGGUUAUUCCAGUGUGCUCCAUUGUGGGCUGUGGAGCUUCCAGUUUGCUGUAAACCUUAGUCAGGAGGCAACUUCUCCUCCUGUACUGGUAACUUGGGACAACCAAGGGCUGCUGCACAAGCUGCAGAAUGACUCUGACUGUGGCACCUGGAUAAGAAAGGGUCCGGGCAGCUCCGUGGUGUUGGAGGCAACCUAUAGCAGCUGCUAUGUCACUGAGUGGGACUCCCACUACAUCAUGCCAGUCGGAGUUGAAGGAGUGGGUGCGGCUGUACACAAGAUGGUUACAGAAAGGAAGCUGCUCAAGUGUCCUAUGGAUCUUCUAGCCCGAGAUGCUCCAGAUACUGACUGGUGUGACUCCAUCCCAGCGCAGGACAGGCUGCUGUGUGCACCUUCACCCAUCUCUCGAGGAGACUGCGAGGGGCUAGGCUGCUGUUACAGCUCUGAGGACGUGAAUUCCUGCUACUAUGGAAACACCGUGACCUUGCGUUGUACCCGAGAGGGCCAUUUCUCCAUCGCUGUGUCUCGGAAUGUGGCCUUACCGCCACUGCUCUUGGAUUCUGUGCGCUUGGCCCUUAGAAAUGACAGUGCGUGUAACCCUGUGAUGGCAACACAAGCUUUUGUUCUGUUCCAGUUUCCAUUUACUUCCUGUGGCACCACAAGACGGAUCACUGGAGACCGAGCAGUAUAUGAAAACGAACUGGUGGCAACUAGGGAUGUGAAAAAUGGGAGCCGCGGCUCUGUCACUCGUGACAGCAUCUUCAGGCUCCAUGUCAGCUGCAGCUACUCAGUAAGUAGCAACUCUCUCCCAAUCAAGGUCCAGGUUUUUACUCUCCCACCACCCUUUCCUGAGACCCAGCCUGGACCCCUCACUCUGGAACUUCAGAUUGCCAAAGAUAAAAACUAUGGCUCCUACUAUGGUGUUGGUGACUACCCCGUGGUGAAGUUGCUUCGGGAUCCCAUCUAUGUGGAGGUCUCCAUCCUUCACAGAACAGACCCUUCCCUGGGGCUGCUCCUACAUGAGUGUUGGGCAACACCCAGCACAGACCCCCUGAGUCAGCCACAGUGGCCCAUCCUGGUAAAGGGCUGCCCCUACAUUGGAGACAACUAUCGGACUCAGCUGAUCCCUGUCCAGAAAGCCUUGGAUCUUCCAUUUCCUUCUCACUACCAGCGCUUCAGCAUCUUCACCUUCAGCUUUGUGGACCCUGCAGCGGAGAAACAGGCCCUCAGGGGACCGGUGCAUCUGCACUGCAGCGUGUCAGUCUGCCAGCCUGCUGAGACACCAUCCUGUGUGGUAACCUGUCCUGAUCUCAGUCGCAGAAGAAAUUCAGACACCAUCUUUCAGAACACUACUGCUAGUGUUUCUAGCAAAGGCCCCAUGAUUCUACUCCAAGCCACUAAGAACCCUCCAGAAAAGCUCCGUGCUCCUGUAGACUCAAAAGUUCUGUGGGUGGCAGGCCUUUCUGGGACCUUAAUCCUUGGAGGCUUGUUAGUAUCCUACUUGGCUAUCAAGAAACAGCUGAAUUGUCCAGACCAAACAUGUCAAUAA